AUGGCCGACUAUGACAGGAGAAGGUCUGGAGGAGGAGGAGGAGGAGGAAGCGGUGGUGGUUACCGCAAGCGACGAUAUCGUGACGACGACGAUGACCAUCACUACGACCGACGACACAACCAGCGCCGCCGUGUGGACCCUCUACCGGUCCGCCUGCGCCGUCAGGUCCUGGGCCUGGCCGACUCGCCCCUCCGCUCGUGGGCGGACGAGGUGCAGUCGGCGGCGGCCCUGGUGUCGGACAAUUACGAAGACGAGGACCUGAGGAGGCAAUUCGUCGACCUGGUCAUGCAACUGCACGUCGAGCAGCCGCUCAAGACGCCCUUUGUGGCCGCCGUGGUGCUGGUCGCCAACACGCGCAGGCCUGAGCUGGUGGCCGACCUGUUAGCCAGGCUGGCUGAGCUGACGGCGUCCGACGUCGCGGCGGGAAACUGGAGGACCGUGAAGCUGCGCCUCAAGCUGCUGGCCUGCCUCCAGUCGUGCCUCGAGGGGGAAGGCGUCUUCCCUCUGCUCGACGAGCUGUUCGACAGGGCUGCGGAGCUGCAGACAGCCAGUUCCGAGGAUACUAUCGGAACGGAAAUCGUCAAGAUCAUCCUCCUGACUAUCCCUUACAUCAUGGCCGCCGCUCCGGGCCAGCUUUCGCAGCAGAAAUCGGCCGAACUUAUGGAGAAGACGGACAUCAUCGCCUCGGAGCCCCACGCGCUGCAGACCAUUGUCGACCCCUUCCAUCCGGAGUCCGGGGAUCCGGAGGGCGUCGACGGCUCCCCGAGCUUCUGCAUGCUCCUCCAGAAGCAGCUGCAGACCGAGGCGUCGCGUAACUGGGAGCUCAGGUGCCUGCCGCGGCCGUGGCAGAUGCCCCUGAAGGACAUCCAGGUGCAGGAGAAGCUGUCGAACCCCACUAAGCACGCGCUCCCGCCCAUCGAGAUCCCCUCGACCAUCGUGGCCGGCCCGCGCGCCCUGUUCCCCGAGGUGCACUUCUCCGUGUACGCGGACCAGGACGUCGAGACGGUGCCUCCCCAGACGGACAUCGCAUCGUCGCUGAUCCGCGACGGCCUGGCCGACACCAUCAACAUCCUCAACUUCAACAGGCACGCCGUGGCCCGGUACCUGAUGGACCUGGACUGCUACUUCACCGAGGGCACCUUUGUCAAGCGCGCCACGCCCUUUGACGACCUGCGCGCCCUGCCCGAGGGCCGCCUCACGUGGAAGCCAGAGGACGUGGCCGUCGACGCCGUCUUCUCCCAGCUCCUCCUCCUCCCCGGGCCCGAGUGCAAGACGGUCUACUACCACUCCGUCCUGACCGAGGCCUGCAAGAUCGCCCCGGCCGCCAUCGCCCCCAGCCUCGGCAGGGCCAUCCGCUACCUCUACCGCUCCAACGCGCGCAUCGACCUCGAGCUCAGCUACCGCUUCCUCGACUGGUUCUCCCACCACCUCAGCAACUUCGGCUUCACCUGGAAGUGGGCCGAGUGGCAGGACGACACCGCCCUCCCGGACCUGCACCCGUCCAUCUGGUUCCUCAGGGGCGCCCUGGACAAGGAGGUCCGCCUCAGCUUUGCCCAGCGCAUCUUCAAGACCGUCCCCGACGCCUAUCACGGGCUGAUUGGUUCCGAGAAGGAGCAGGAUGUUCCCCCGUUCAAAUAUGCGGAUGAUGGCAAAGAGAUUGCGACACUGCUGCGACGCAAGGCGCCAGACGAAGAAUUCCAGCCCCUCAUCGAUGCCAUCCAGACGCAGGCGAUGGAGCGCGGGCUGGACCCGGUGGUGGCGAGCACCGACGUCUUCACCACGGCCGUGUGCUGGGUGGGCUCCAAGUCGCUCAGCCACGUCCUGGCGUGCAUCGACCGGACCAAGAAUCGGCUACUGGAGGCCGGGGCGUCGUCGGAGGCGGCACGCGUGCAGAUCGUAUCGUCCGUCAUGUCAUACUGGCGCGCCCACCCGGGCGUGGCCCUCUCCAUCGUCGAGAAGCUGCUCAACUACACCAUCCUCACGCCCUUCAACGUCAUCGACUGGGCCCUCGUGGCCGGCGCGCCCUCCAACGGCACCGACGGCGGCGACUCCCUCGCCCGCCCUCACGUCUUCGAGGUCGUCCUUAACACCGUCGCCAAGGUCACCGGCCGCAUCCGCCAGAUCCAGACCCGUCUCGACGCCCAACCCAAGGCCAAGGCCAAGGCCGACACCGACGCCGACGCCAACGCCGACGCCGACGACGUCGUCGGGGAGGAUCCGGACUCGUACGCCAAGGAGACCAAGAACAUGCGCGACAUGUUCCGGUCCAUGAACGACGCCCUCGCCAGCUGGGCCACCGGCGACUGGCAGGAUGGCAAGGAUGGGGAGAGGGACGUCCUCAUCCGCAGGUGGGGUCAGCGGUGGCUACGCGGUCUCGUGGAUCUCGUCCGUCUCGCCUAG